AUGUCUGUGGGAAUUUGUCGCUGUCAGCACAACCUCCAUCAGGACCCCACCAGGUUUUGUGCCCGUUUGCUGGGCUCCUUGGCUGCCUGCCCGGUGGGUUGCUGUGGAGCCGGGCUCCCAACGUCUCUGGCCCUUGGUUCUUUCACGGGCUGGUGGGAGAGCUGCCAGGGACUGAGUCUGGCAGAACUAGAAGUGCUAUGUAACCACCUGUAUGAAGGAACUGAUCUAGCACAGCGAAUGCAGGCUGAGAAGGUGCUCUUGGAGCUUAUUGAGAGCCCAGAAUGUCUGAGCCAAUGCCAGCUUCUGUUAGAACAGGGAACAACAUCCUAUGCUCAACAUCUAGCAGCAACCUGCCUGUCUAAGCUUGUAAGCAGGGCGUCUCCAUUACCUAUUGAACAAAGGAUUGACAUUCGGAAUUACAUUUUGAACUAUGUAGCAUCUCAACCCAACCUGGCUCCUUUUGUCAUCCAAGCUCUCGUUCAAGUCAUUGCUAAAAUUACAAAAUUAGGAUGGUUUGAGGUACUAAAAGAUCACCUCAUCUUCAGAGACAUUAUUGCUGAUGUAAAAAAAUUUUUGCAGGGCACUGUGGACCAUUAUGUAGUAGGAGUAAUGAUUCUCUCAGAACUGACUCAGGAAAUGAAUCUAGUUGAUUAUUCAAGACCUUCACCAAAACAUCGUAAAAUAGCUACCUCGUUCCGUGAUACCUCUCUAAAGGACAUACUGAUGCUUGCGUGCUCUCUUUUGAAGGAGCUCUUGGCAAAAUCUUUAACCCUUCAGGACCAACAGCAACAAAGUCUAGCAAUGCAGCUUUUGAAGCUUGUACUAAACUGUCUUAAUUUUGAUUUCAUUGGAAAUUCAGCUGAUGAAUCUGCAGAUGACCUAUGCACUGUGCAGAUUCCAGCAAACUGGAAAACAAUCUUCCUGGAGCCAGAGACCUUGGACCUGUUUUUUGAUUUGUAUCAUUCUCUCCCACCAAUGCUGUCUCAGUUAGCACUUUCUUGUUUAGUUCAGUUUGCUUCUAUAAGAAGAUCUUUAUUCAGCAAUCCAGAACGUGCCAAAUAUCUUGCUAAUCUAAUGAAGGGAGUGAAGCAAAUACUUGAAAAUCCACAGGGUUUAUGUGAUCCGGGUAAUUACCAUGAAUUCUGUCGGUUUUUGGCUCAGCUGAAGACAAACUAUCAACUUGGAGAGCUGGUAGUGGUGAAAGAUUACCCAGAAGUUGUCCAACUUAUAGCAAAUUUUACUAUUACGAGCCUACAGCACUGGGAGUUCGCUCCAAAUAGUGUUCAUUAUUUGCUAAAUCUGUGGCAAAGAAUGGUCGCGUCUGUACCUUUUGUGAAAACGGCAGAACCCCACCUCUUAGAUACGUAUGCACCUGAGAUAACAAAAGCUUAUAUUACUUCUAGACUGGAAUGUGUUCCUGUAGUUAUAAGAGAUGGCUUAGAAGACCCACUGGAUGACACAGCUACAGUUUUCCAACAGCUGGAGCAACUGUGCACAGUUAGCAGGUGUGAAUAUGAAAAGACCUGUACUCUUCUUGUACAGUUGUUUGACCAAAAUGCACAAAACUACCAAAAGCUAUUGCACUCUUCUAGUAGGAAUCCAUUAGAAAUCACAGUUCAGGAAGGACGUCUGGCAUGGCUUGUCUAUUUUGUGGGUACUUUUGUGGGAGGACGAUUAACAUACACUAGUACUGAUGAACAUGAUGCCAUGGAUGGAGAAUUAUCCUGUCGCGUUUUUCAGCUGAUACCUUUGAUGGAUGCCCAGUUACCACAGUCCAGUAAUGAAAAAGUAGAACUGGCAAUUCUGUGGUUCUUGGAUCAGUUCCGUAAAACGUAUGUGGGGGACCAACUUCAGCUCACCUCAAAGGUGUAUGCCCGAAUGUCAGAAGUCUUAGGAAUAACAGACGACAACCAUGUUCUGGAAACAUUUAUGACAAAAAUUGUUACAAAUCUCAAAUACCGGGGAAGAUGUGAGCCUGUGAUUUCAAGAACUCUUCAGUUUCUAAAUGACCUUUCUGUCUGUUAUAGUCUCCUGAAAAAGCUUGUGAAAAUAGAGGCUGUGAAAUUCAUGCUUCAGAAUCACACAAGUAAGCACUUCCCUUUCUUGCACAUCAGUGAUAAUUACAGCCUCAGUGACCUUAGGUGCCGGACAGUGUUCUACACAGCUCUCACUCGUCUUCUCAUGGUAGAUUUAG